AAGCUAAUAACUUCCUAUCAACUAAUAAAUAAAAUUAGUACAAGUAAUGCGGUAUCAGUAAAUACUUCUGGUUUUGUGUUUAAGCAACCCAGUCCCAACCGGAGAGAGGACAGGCCUGUCAGCUUCUAUCAGCUUGGAUCAAACCAACUUCAGCCUAAUGUAGCAUCCUUGGCAAGAGAUGCAGCAAACAUUGCUAAGGAUAAGCAAAGAGGAUUUAUGCCAAGUAUAUUACAAAAUGAAACAUAUGGAGCAAUACUCAGUGGCAGUCCACCUCCCAUUCAGCCUGCAGUACCUGUUACAAGUAGCGCACCUCCUCUACCUCCAAGGAAUAUUGGCAAAGUUCAGCCUUCAGUUCUUGGCAGUGGUAUUCAGACAAUUUCUUCAUCUAAUGCAAUGUGGAAGACAAAUUCUUUAGGAGUGGAAAGUAUAAGCAGGCAGAGGUCUUCAUCAGAUCCACCAGCUAUUCAUCCCCCUGUGCCGCCAUUGCGUGUAACAUCUACAAAUGUGCUUUCUCCAGCACCACCACCUCCAGUUGCAAAGACUGCCAGCAUUAUAGAAGCUUUGAACCAACAAUCUAAACAGCAACCACCUCCUCCACAAACUAAGCCAGUCCCACCACCACUGCCCCCACAGCCUCCUAGUAGAAUCUCUCAAAGAAAGCCUAUUUCUGGGACUGAGAAGUCAUCUGGCUUAACUAACAAAGGGCAGUCCAGAGGACUUGGGUCUCUACAGCAAACUGCAGGAGACUCAUCUUCCGUAUGUGAAAUUCCAGUAACACAAACCAGUUCUACAACAAAUACUUUGGCACAGAUCCAGCCACCAGCGCCAAUGCCAAGGAAAUCACAAAUA